CGCGGAGAAAACUCCGCAAAGUAUUUAACGAAAAUAUAAAGAAAAAACGAAACGUUAGCCAAGUUUGAGAAGUUUGAAAGAGAAAAAGAGCAAAAGUGAAAAUGGCUGAUGUGCUGGAUAUCGACAACGCCGAAGAGUUUGAGGUGGACGAGGAUGGCGACCAGGGCAUUGUGCGCUUGAAGGAGAAGGCAAAGCACCGCAAGGGACGUGGCUUUGGCAGCGACAGCAAUACGCGCGAGGCAAUCCACAGUUACGAACGGGUGCGCAUCGAGGACGAUGAUGAACUGGAACCAGGGCCGCAGCGUUCAGUCGAGGGCUGGAUUCUGUUUGUGACGUCCAUUCACGAGGAGGCGCAGGAGGACGAGAUCCAGGAGAAGUUCUGCGACUACGGUGAGAUAAAAAACAUUCACUUGAAUCUGGAUCGGCGAACGGGCUUCUCCAAGGGCUAUGCGCUUGUAGAGUACGAGACGCACAAGCAGGCGCUUGCCGCCAAGGAGGCGCUUCAUGGCGCCGAUAUCAUGGGCCAGACCAUCCAGGUCGAUUGGUGUUUCGUCAAGGGACCCAAGCGUGUCAAAAAGUCGGAGAAGCGACGCAGAUAAGGUGGCCCAAGCGAUUAUAUUUAUUAUGCAUAACAUUAGCAAAUAAAAAUCCCCACUUGUCUUAA